GCGGUAUAGAGUGGUUCUGGUUUUGCCUGAUGUUCCCGCCAUGUCGGUCUUCGAGCCACUGACGUUGCCUGCGGAGCUGAAGCUUGAGAUCCGCCAAUUGGCCGAGGAGCUCGAGUUGAAGGUGGCUGCGGAUCCCGGGCAGGAGGCCCCGGACCUUGGCAGCUCCGAGCCCUUACGCCUGGCGCCGCAGGUGCACAUUCGAAGCACCUACCGGUCAGAAGCUCGAGAAAAGCUGAGGAUCCAAGCUGUCUCGCCAGCUCGAUCGCCCUGGGAUGAACGCUAUGCUCCCUCUGACCUUCUCGAUGAUCCAGGAAGAGAGCAGGUCUUGCAGAAGGAGCAAAGCGACCGAGAGGAGUGGUACAACGAUCGCCUCAGCGAGCGGGAUUGCUUGCCCAUCUACGAGGCCAAGGACCGAGUGCUUUCGGCCAUUCGCCGCAGCCGUGUGACCCUUGUGGCGGCAGACACGGGGUCAGGGAAAUCCACCCAAGUACCACAGUUCAUCUUGGACGAGGCCAUCUCUGAAGGCCGUGGUCGAGAUGUGCACGUGGUUUGCACACAGCCGAGACGCUUGGCCGCAGUCUCCUUGGCCUCGAGGGUCUCCUGGGAACGCGGUGAGCGCAGCGACGGGCACGGCUCCACGGGCCAUGUGGUCCGAUGGGAAGAGCGUCCCCCCAGGCCCUGGGGAUCUAUUUGCUUUUGUACAGUGGGUUCCCUCCUGCCGCGACUCUCCCGAUUGGGAGCCUCGCACAUCAUCGUGGAUGAGGCUCAUACGCGUGACAUCCACACCGACCUGCUCUUGACCGUCUUACUGGAGCUGUUGAGAUGCUCCUGGGACUUGAAGGUCAUCGUGAUGUCUGCGACGUUGGACGUGUCCAAGUGGCAGGGGCACUUCAGACACUUCGAUUGUGAGCUGGUGCGUGCUGGUGGGCGCCCCUAUGACGUCCGAAGAUAUUUCUUGGAGGACAUCGUGGAAGAGCUUCGGUGGCAACCCAGCAGCGUCGAGGAGGUCGCCGCCGGCGUUUGGUCGGAUGUGGAUUGCAACAGGGGCUUCUUGGAUCCCGAGGGCCGUUACUCUCAGGCCACGUUGCUGGCGCUUCGAUCCAUUCCUGAGAGUUUAGUGCCCUUCCAGCUGAUCUCCGCAGUACUGAAGUGGGUCGAUGGAUGGCGAAUGCCCGGCGGCGUCUUGGUCUUUCUCCCUGGAUGGCAUGAGAUCGCGACGUGCAUGUCACGCAUGCAACGGGACCCGGCGUUGCGCCGCUGGGUGGCGAAACCGGCGGACCGUGGCGAAGCGGGAGGAGGCUAUGAGUUCGUGCCCUUGCACAGCUCGGUGCCUCCCAACGAGCAGUACAAGGCCUUUCAUCCUGCCAGCAGCGGACGCAAGGCAAUCCUGAGCACUGACAUUGCUGAGACCUCCAUUACUAUUCCAGACAUCAUUUGCGUGGUCGAUACUGGCCUGGCCCGGGUGAAGAAGCAUACCAACCUCGAGGUGGUGUGGGCCAGUCAAGCCAACCUCCUGCAGCGCUGUGGGCGUGCAGGACGCGUGCAGCAUGGCAGUUGCGUCCACCUCUUCACCCGGUCCCGCUUUGGCCUCCUGGAUCCCGAGCCCACUCCCGAGAUGCGCCGUGUGCCCCUGGAUGAGGCUAUGCUGAGCGUUUGCGAUUUGGGCUUAGACUUCUGUAAGGCGGAGGAUGUGAGCCCGCAAGAGUUGGAGGAGACCGGUCCUUGCGCCUAUGUCAUGUCCUUCCUCAAGCAAGCUCCGGAUCCACCGGAGCCCAAGGAUGUGCGCAGCGCCUUCCGGGAGCUGCAGCAUGUGGGCGCUCUGGACCGCGCUGGCUUCCUCACGCACUUGGGUGCCUUGUUGGUGCGUUUGCCCAUGUCUCCAGGCCUUGGUUGUGCCUUCUACUUGGCGUCGCUCUUGGGCUUUCCAGAGGCCGCCAGCCAGGUCUGUGCCGCCUUGGAUGGCCGCGAGCCCUUUGGCCGACGACCGAACGAGGAGUCGGGCGCGCGGCGCUUCGCCGCGGGCUCCGACGGAGAGAAGCGCUGGAGCGACGUCUUCGCCAUGGCCAAAGCCCUCGGAGACUUUGAAUGGGCUUGCAGGCAAUCAAGCACCUAUGCUGGACGCUUCUGUCGGCAGUUUGGCCUCAUUCAACCGGUGCUGCAACAGUUGCAAAGCGCGCAGCAGCAGCUGAAGAGGGUCUCCUGGGAUUUGUGCAGACCCUUCUGGAACUGGAACUGGAACGACGCAGGUGACGAGGGUAGGGACAGCUUGGAAGAUGCCUGGCCCAUCCUGCAGACCAUGCUGACCUUCGCGUACGGCUGGAACAUGGGCAAAUUGGAGAGUGGCCGCCGGGUGCACGCCGGCUGGUCCAAGCCCGCGCGGCUGGCAAAGACCUCGGUCUUGGUGGACGAGGAUCCUCCAUGUCAGUUCCUGACCUAUGUGGAGCUCACCAAUAGCGGAGGAAGGAUGUUGCGGGGAGGUACCAUGGUGACACCACAGCAGCUGGUCUUUUGUGGAAGCCGUGCAGGGCCCUUCUGGCAAGAGGACAUGGUGGUCCUCGAGAAUUGGCUGGAGAUCGAGGCGGACUUCGAGUCAGCAGCCUUGUUGGCAGCCUUGCGGAGCUGCAACCGUCUGGUCUUGCAAAAGGUGGCGGAGCUUUCUUUGCACGAUAUGAAGGGCGGUUGGGUGGAAUGGACGCCUGAGCGCGAGAGAUUGCUUGAGAUGAUUCAGAAGUGGAAGAAUUGCAUCAUUCAAGUCGCAAGGCUGCCCCUUCCAGAGAAGAUCUCCGUCUGGGAUAUGAACAUCAAGUCCUCGACGCCUCCGCCAUGUGUUCUUCCCCUCGCUCUAGUCCCACUAGUGCCUGAUGAGCCGGACAUAUCGACCGCCACGGUGGAUCCAUGGAGCGGAAGCUGGGGUGAGAGUGAGUCAGCAGAAGCUCGUGUUGUUCAGUCAUCCCCCGCCAUGCACCCACCAUCUUCACAGAGUUCACAAGUGCCAUGGGCAAUUUCGAGCACCUCACUCCAAGCUGGCACAACACCUCAAGACCAAUUUGCGCAGCCAAUGCAACAUAUUGGAGUUACAAACGCUGCUACAGGAUCUUCUUGGGGCGACUACGCGAGGAGUUCCUACAAGCAAGAGGUAACUCAAGUGCAGUCCAUAGCACAAGCACCAUCCCAUCAGUCCUGGACGGCUUACACUUCAUUCCAAGCCCCAGCACUUUCUGCUACUGAAACAUCGCAACUGUUUGUUGAGAUGCCGAAGUUGGCAUCUCACCAAAAGCCGCCGCAGCCAAUGCAACAACUUCCCGUUGCACAUGGGCCUUCAGCCACACAAUUUUCCCAACCCCAGUGGAGCAAUAGCACAACAGACUGCGCCCCUGCAAGAUCUUCUUCGGACGACUACGCGAGGAGUUCCUACCAGCAAGAGGUAACUCAAGUGCAGUCCGUAGCACAAGCACCAUCCCAUCAGUCCUGGACGGCUUACACUUCAUUCCAAUCCCUGGCACUUUCUGCUACAGAAACAUCGCAACUGUUUGUUGAGAUACCGAAGUUGGCAUCUCACCAACAGCCGCCGCAGCCAAUGCAACAACUUCCCGUUGCACAUGGGCCCUCAGCCACACAAUUUUCCCAACUACAGUGGAGCAAUAGCACAACCGACUGCGCCCCUGCAAGAGCUUCUUGGGACGACUAUGCAAGGGAUGCAUCCAAGCAAGAAUCAAGAUCCCCGCAGAUGACAUUGCCAACUUCAGUACCAUCCAUAUCACAACAUGCGUCAUGCCAACAGUCCUGGGGAGAUCACAUCUCAAUUCAAGCCCCAGCUGUCUCUGCAGAAACAUCACAACCACAGCAGUCCUGUACUGUAAACAGUUCAUCCGAGAGGCAGGCAUUUUUCCGGAAUGAGAUACAUGGCCAUGGUUUGGAGUGGUCGGCAUCCCAAUCGUUCAGAGAGAUGCCAAGGGUAUCCCACCAAAGUUUGUCUGUGGAUAUGGCAGCUUCAUCCGCUGAGUCAGUUCGCAUUCCAGUGGAGCGACAGCACAAUGCAUCUUCUUGGGAUGAGAGAAGCAACUGAAGAGCGUCUCCAGCUUGUCAUCAAAGACUUGUGAGCGCUGUGGGACCUGCGAGCCAAAAAGAGAAGCGGAUCAUAGCGGAUCCAGGAGGCUCUUGUGUUGGUAGGUCAGGCACGGGUUGCCUUUUUUGGGAUCCUGUUGACGAAUUAAAUCACUUCACCAAUUCUCAGUCGGUGGCGAAUUCUUUGACCCGUGUCUUCGGCUCCAAACCGUUCUCAACCGCCACGAUGGACGACGCCUCC